AGGGCGGAGGUCAAGGAAGGGGAUCGGGGAAGCAAGCCGAGGUUAGAACUUGAACCCCAAGCCCAGCUGGUUGGGUGGAGGGGUCAGAGAGGGGAGAGAGCCCUAUAAGGAGAGACUGCAGUGUGUUCUCGAAGCGGGGAGGGGCAGCAGUGGUUUCUGUUAGUGGUAACCUGCCCUCUGUCCCCAUUAGGACUCUGUCCCACACCCUACACGACAGUUUGCAGAGAUCUCUUUGGCCGUGCUGGGGCGCCAUGGAGCAGAGGCUGCCUAAUAUGGGUGACCAGAGGUCGGCGGGGGCAGGGAGCAUAGAUGGAAGACUCUGCGCUGUCCCACCUGGGUUUCCUGGCCGCAGAGCUGGGGUUUGGGGCUUCUCAGCGAUGGCCAGUGGCUCCACAGUGAGGCUGAGGCCCACGGUCACUGUCAGGGACAGCAGGAGUCCAGCCCGGUCUCUGUGGGAGGAGUGAGCAUGUCGCAUGAAGGUCUCUGCCUAGGUCUACCCGCUUCCUCUGAAAGCUUGCUCCUUGCAGGAAGGCAGACCUGGCAUCCAGGCCAGUGAGUGUGGAUGGAGUUUCUACUCUCUGGGCAGCAAACAUCCAUUCAGCACCUACUGUAUGCAAAGCAAGGCAGGGCAGAUAAGAGGCACAGCAGGAAGAGGAAGUCACCUGUAGGCACAGUGUUCAAACACACUGUCAUUUGCUAAUGGGCACCCAGGAAACUCUCCGGUACCUAAACCAUUGGCUUUGGAAACAGCAUGGGCAACACCAGAUAGCAACCAUUUGUGGAGUCCUUGGUCUGUGUGCUGGGGGCUCUGCUAGCGCUUCUGGUCCUUUCUGUCUCUGUACCCCAGCAAGGUGGGGGCGCGGUUUCCGUCUUACAGAUGAGGAACCUGAGCUCAGGGGAGUAAGUUGCCUGGAAUUCCCAGCUAACGAGUGGCAGAGCGCGGAUCCUGGGCUCGGUGCUGUCAUUCCCCCCAACCCACCGUGAACCUGUUUGUGGUCAGACAGACCUGAGUUCCGGUCAUGGCCCUGACACCCUGCAGGUCAAGGCAAACCACUUAGUUGCUCUAAGUUAUGGUUUAUUUAUCUGAAAAACGGAGCUCAUGAUGCCUAUAGUCAUUCACCAACGCAUCAAGUGUUUAAAAAGUGCCCACUACGUGCCAGGCCCCAUUCUGCUUACGGUGACAAGCAGCCACCAUGCGGUCUCCGCAGGGCCAGCUUCUCGGGCAUGUGACUCGCGAAGUCACACAGAGCCCGGCGCUCAGGAGAGCCCCAAGCUUGGCUUGAUGCUCUGCCGUCGCUGUCUAGAAAUGCCUAAUCAUUUUUAAACAAACGCCUGCAUUUUUGCAUUUUGUGCUGGGCCGUGCAAUUAUGUCACCGGUCCUGGGUCCCAGCCCUCCUCCGUCCUAUAGUCCAGUUGAAGAGACGGAUGUGCCCAGAGCCACCGCGCUGAGUGCGUAACUGGAACCGCCAUCUGCGUUGGAAGGCAAGGGGGACGGGCCGUGAGCACAGCGGCAGGGGUCAGGGGAGGCCUUUGGGGGCCCCAGGGCCUGGGAAAAUGGUCUGGAACUGCCAGGUACAGGGAAUGGACAGCGGGCUGGGGCACAGCACAGGGCUGGAGAUGGCCUGUGUGGCUGUAGGGGGCCCCCCAGGCCAGGGAGGAGCCAGGACCCUGGGGCGAUGGGGCUUACAAUUUGAAAGCCAGCUGACUUCGAGGUGAGGAUGGGUUGGGGGUACAGCAGCCAUGCCGGUGGGUGGGGGGGACCUCAUGGGGCUUGACAGAUGCAAGGGAGCGGAAGUGGAGGAAGCCGGAGGGGGCCGGGCUGCCUCCUGGGCUCGUAGGUCUGCAUGGAGGUGGGAACCAUAGGGAAACUGGGGGCAGCGCGAGGUUCAGUAGGAAGCGUGGGUGAGGGGGCUGGUGCGGGGGGGCUGUGCACGUGUGGUCUCUGGCCCAUGUCUGUCCUCCGCGCCUGCGCUGCUGGCUCCUGGCUGGCGCGGGGAGGGAACACAUCCCUCUUGCCUCCCUCCUGGCUCCCUCCCUGGCGUCUUGCAGGGUCAGGAGGACCCACUUUGAUCUUGGCUCUCACAGGCAUCUCCCGUGUUUAUUCCCAGACUUCACAUUUCGGAGUGAGAUUUCAUAACCUUGAAGUGGGUGUUGUCCUGAAAACAAAAGUUCGAGAACUCCGGGUUCGGUCUGCGCCACUCGUGGGGGGGUGGGGGGGUCUGGGAACUUUGAAUCCCGGCUCUGCCCCCCACUCCCCACCCACCUGCAUCCUGGGGAGGACAGAAAGCAGCCUCAGGGGUGGUGAGCAGCCGGCGAGCUCCUGAGGGAAGCGCCAGGGCCCGGGGAGGGUCCCCAACAGCUGUUCGCUGCCGCCUCCCAUCCGUGCCAACACCUGUCUCCUGGGCACCUGCUGCCCGCAGAGGGCCCCCCCCCCGUUCCAUUACUAAUUCCCAGUGCUCGUACUACUGCUAGCAGUGGAAAAAAGAGCGUCCCGGCUUCGUGACUAAAUCGUCAUGGAAUCAGUAGCUUCGUGACUCCAGACCAUAGGCCCACGGUGGUGGCCGGUCUGCGUCCGUCUUGCUUGGGUCUGAACGCCCCCCCGUCCUGCCCUGCACUGAGUUUGGCCCCCAGGAUAGCCCCAUUAGAGAGUCACUGAGUGACUCUCCCUGUCCACUCCCUGGACAUUGGGGUGGGGACGGCGACCAGGUGGCCUUGGAGCUGGGCCUUGCAGGUUGGUCUGAUUUGGAUGUAGGAGUUGGGGAAAGCUGGACCCACAGAAGGGCCAGCCUGAGCCAAAGUCCUGACUCCUGUGUUAUGCUCUCGGCCACCAGGCACCCAGGAGGCUGGGGCAGGACCUGUCCUCGCUCUGCUGUGGGGUUGGUCACGGAGCUGCGCCUUCCCCCUCUCCUGCCCCUCGUGCACUCCUGUAGAGGAGGGGCAAGGUGGAACAUGUUGGGGUGACAGGCAUGGCGCUAGUCACGUGUCUGUCUUUGUUCUCAAUGCUAGGAAAUUCAGGGUGUGCGUGGCCAGGUGUGAAAGUCUGCCACUCAGUGCUGCUCCCCCCCCCGCCCCCUGAUCUGCCCUCGAGGCUUAGUGCCCUGCCAUGCUCCUGCCCACACUGGCAGCAGGCAGCUCCCCACGGAUCGAUGCCAGCCAAAUGAUGACCAGUUGUGGCCAGCAGUCCUUGAACGUGCUCACCCUCCUCUCGUUGCUGAUUUCUGCAGUCUUGUCCGCGCAUUUCCGGGUCUGUGAGCCAUACACGGACCACAAAGGCCGCUAUCACUUUGGCUUCCACUGCCCCCGGCUCUCGGACAACAAAACCUUCAUUCUCUGCUGUCACCAUAACAACACAGUUUUCAAAUACUGCUGCAACGAGACCGAGUUUCAGGCGGUGACGCGGGCGAACCUCACGGCCGGCUCCGAGGGCUACGCGCACAACAAUUACACCGCCUUGCUGGGGGUGUGGAUCUACGGCUUUUUCGUGCUGAUGCUGCUGGUCCUGGAUCUUUUGUAUUACUCGGCAAUGAACUACGACAUUUGCAAGGUUUACCUGGCACGGUGGGGCAUCCACGGACGAUGGAUGAAACAGGACCCCCGGCGGUGGGGCAAUCCUGCCCGGCCCCCCCGGCCAGGGCAGCCCGCCCCGCAGCCCCAGCCUCCCCCAGGCCUGCUGCCGCAAGCCCCCCAGGCCGUGCACACGCUUCAGGGAGAGGCCCACAGCCCACCACUGAUGACCUUCCAGAGUUCGUCUGCCUGAAAACCCUUUUGCCGUGCCUCAGGAUGGGGGAGGUGAGACCCGAAGCACCCGGCACAGCCUCCAAGGAGACCAACGUCAACAGAGACCCCAGGGAGAGCCGAGGUGGCUGCGGCGGUGGCUUAGGAAGAAAUGCCACCUGUGCCCACAACCCCCUUCCGUGGACUUCUAAGACUAGGAGCAAACUCAGGGGUGGGGGCCAGGGGUUCUAAGGCAGGGGUUCAAGACAGGGUCUUGAGCCACCUGUCUGCAAGCAAUAGUCCCAUUCUGGGCUGGUGGCUUCUGAGAGGGGACGCCAUUGUGGACUCAGGAUGACCAGCACAAAGCUGCUCCGGCUAAUUCAAGCUGCAGGGAUUAGGCCUGUGCACCGUACCUGUGGGCCCCUUGCCUCCAGUCCCUCCAGUUGUGGCCUGUGGGCCUGUGUCAGAAUACUGAAUGUGAGUGUGUAUGUGUGUGUGUGUGUGUGCAUAAGUGUGUGUUUGGAGGUGUGAUUCGGGGUGUUCUUUUUGUUUGGUUGCAUGUUGGUUUCUAUUGGAAUCCCCACGAGUCCUCUAAUGGGCACAGGUCACCAGUGGUGGGGGCCCUGGUCAGCGUCCCCGUUCAAACUUCUUGCUGUAGCGGGCAGCCGUGAACCCCCUGGAGUCACCAAGCAUGAGGCAUGGUCCCGCUAUGUCUCAGAGGACAUGGGGAUUUGAACAUGUUAGUGAGGGUUUGUUCUUAUGGAAUUUACUCCCCUAACAAUGUAAUAAUAGGUGAUGAGGCAUCUUGGGCCAUCCACGGGACAGGCACGGGGCCGCGUGUCUCCAUGCACUCUCUCUCUCACUGCCCGGGAGGGGGGGUGUGGUGAGCCCCCUGCAGAAAUGGCUCUGAGCAGGGAAGGUGCCCAGGGUCACACAGCCAAGAGGAGACCAGCCACUCUGUUUGAUCUUAGGGGUGUAGGAACCCAAAGUGCACACUCCCCAGCCCAGGGGACCCCAGCACAAUCCCUGGGACAUCUCCCCACUUGCCUCUCAGUGGACUGACUGUUGCCCCACGAUCUCCACCAUCACUGCCCUGACACCUUCAUCCACGCAGCACAUUCUGUGAAGCACCUGCUGUGUGUCAGACCCCAGGCUGGGCAGUGAUGGGAACUGGCCAUGAGUCAGAUGGAGGCCACCAUCUGGUGGGUUAGAUACACAGAUCUGAGCUGAACACAGUGACGAGGGCUGUGGAAGCCCCAAGGGAAGUUUCCAGAAACCAUUCCACUUUAGAUUUUUGCAUAAACCUGGAUGCCUCUAACAUCCAUCCCCAGAGGUCCCCACCACCACCAACCCCACUGGCUGAAGGCACACACACGGAAGGGCACUGCCCGGGAAACCUUCACAUAAAUCCCCAAGGACCACAAGGCCAGUGUAGACACACCCAUUCCACUGGGGGAGUUUCCAGAUCUCCCCCAGCUCUUAGCGCAGUGGACCCUGCUCAGCAAACGUGUGUCCCUCUGAUGGCGUGUCCACACUCAGCCGGACUCUUGCACGCGUGCUGUCUGCCCUCCAGACACACCGGUGAGCGGGUGAUGCUCGUGGUGCUGGUCGGUGAACUGGGGAGCGAGGGCCGGCGAGAAGGGAAUCGUGAGUAAGGACGCUGAGCGCUGGGCCCACAGUUGAGUAGGAACAGUCUGUUCAAGAGCCAGCCACGGGCAUUAACGAUGGGGUUGGGGGUGGGGGAGAGCAUCCCAGCACAAAGGCCCUCAGGCAGCAGCGUGCUUGAUGCUUUCAAAAGAUCCAAAGAAAUCCAGGAUGGCCUGAACCGGCAGGAGGGCAGAGGGGUUGAGGGGGAGGGAGUCCAGGCUCUCUGCAAGGCGUACAGACACAACACCCCAUCCUUUGAUAAAGCAUUUUCCAGCUCCAUAAGGAAAGGACUCUACCCCAUUUUGUGGACUAGGAAUCUGAGACUCAGGUAGGUCCGUGACCUGCCCAAAGUUCACAAGGCAGGCUGGGGCAGAGCAAACCCGUGGUUUCCCCACAUCUCCCCAGACAGGGGGGCCCAAGUGUAUGGUUUGGCAGCAGCAGAGGGAAAACUUCAUUUGAGGUGUUGAGUAGGGAUGGGCACAUCUUCCUUUCCCUGGACGCUGUGGGCAGCCCUGGAGAGGGGCUCAGCUCCCUCCGGCCCAGGGGGAUCAACUCUCACUUGCAUCAGAUGUGCAGAGCCUCGGGAAUCAGGGGAACCCAAGGUUCAGGGGGGUACAAGACCCAGAUUCUGACGUCAGCUCUGCACUCAGAGCAGUGUGACCUCGGGCCAGGCCUUCUCCGCCCUCAGUUUCCCCAUCGGUAAGAGGAAAGAGUCAGACCAGGUCUUCAGGGGCUGGCAUCUCUGGCCUCCUGUGGUCCUGGGCGACGCUCACGUAGCUGCUUACACAGAGUUCCUUCCUUGGGUGAGAAAGAGCUGGCUGCCUCCCCUGCCUGGAGGCCUGAGCCAGAGGCUGCUCUCACCUAGACCAGCCAGGGCUAGAACCCACCUGGUCCGCAGCCCUGAGAAUUACAGCUGGCUUCUGGCCCCCUCCCGUAGUCUUUUCGGGAGUGACCGGUAACCCUUUAGGGCUUGGGAUGGAACAUUCUGUUGGAAUGGAGGCUUCCCACGUGGACCUCGGCACACAUCACAGCCGGGGACGUGGGAGGGAGGAAACCACAGUCACCGCCUCUCUGAGUGGCUGAGGGGUGAGAUGGGGCGCAGGGCCUGAGCGCCCCGAGUAGAGGGCAUGGCUGCUGGGAAGGCACGUGUGAACAGGGCUGUCCCCCCACAAUGUCCAGGGCUCCUUAAAACCCCACAGGAGCCCGGCUCGUCCCAGCAAAAACCUGCCCCCCUCCGCCCCCUACUGCGGCAGGCCACUGUGCCAAUCGGUAGUGUCCCCGAGAAUAAGACACAGGGUAGUGAUAAGUUCAAGUAGAGAUGUUCAGAGUUAGAGUUCUUAGUGACUUCCAAACCCAGUCUUUCAAGCUGCCUCUGUUUACUUUCUACUGUGAGCUUCUGGCUAUCCCCACGUCAUUUGUAACCGUAACAAUAAUCCUAGUACAAAAAGAGAAAUAAAAAGCAGAGAAAGAAGAAGACAACAUACCUUCCCGGGGAAUCUGUGCCCGACGCCAGUCUGUGUCGUGACUCCUGCUCGCAAGGCCUCUUCCCGCUGGGAACGGUGUGUCGUGGACAUGCGGCGUCUGCUUUUCCUCUCGCUUGUGUAUGGUGUGAUCUGUGUGUUUUGGAACCGAUUCAGAACCAACACCCAGGCCCUUGGCCCUCACCUUAACCUCUGAAGUCACCCUGAGCCUCAGUCGGGGAGGGGCCCGCCCCUGCCAAUGGGCCCGGAGCUGCCAGCUCCAGGGGCACGUCUGACACUGACCCGGACUGGUAGGAAACAGCCUUAGUCGAAAACACACGCACAGGAACACGCAUGCGCCCACACACACCUACACGCGGGCACACAUGCGGGGGCAUCCGGGCCCUCUUGUGGUCUCUGAUACCUAAGAAAAACAGGCCAGCGGCUAGCGAGGGUGGGUGGUCCUUCCCUUCAUUGUGCAGAACAGCAAUCAGGGAAAUGUGGCCCCAGGGCUGGAAAGGCCAUGGGAAGGGGCUGGGGGAUGGAUCAGGGACAACACGGGGAGGAAUGUGGGAUAAGAGACACUUCCAGGCUUCUGCCAAGAGACACUUCCAGGCUCACCGUCACAUCCGAAGCUCUCUCUAGGUCAUUUCAGUCUCAGCGACACUGUAGGAGUGGCCGUGCCUGGCACCGUCCCCCGCGCGGACCCCCAGACCCUCGUCUGCUCCAGGUCGGUGCCCUGACCGUCUGCCUUUCCUCCAGCCCAGGCCCUGCCCACUGGCUCAGCUGACCCCCUGUCCACUGUGUUUACUCGAUCCUUCAACAACCCAAACCCACGUGAUAGCCCCCAGUGAUGUCAUUGGGGGCACUUCCUGUCCGCGGCGAGGGGCAGCCUUGUCAACGCAGGGAGCCGCUAUGCCUCCCCGCCCCCGUUGUCUGCUAUGGGAACUUGAGGUUGGAGUCACAGAAGGGACUUUCAGGGGUUCUUGACCUUACCGCUGACCUGGUGAGUAUCAGAUGGGGUCUAGGUGCUCCCCAUAAACCGACUCAAGGUUGGGGAGGCAGCCAGCCCCCCCUAACCCCCGGGGAGUGGUGACACCGGGCUCACUGCCACCUGCAACCCCGGAGCCAUCACCAACCCAGGCUGGGGCGAUGCCAUUCACCCUGCAGCACAGGGACACCACACACCUGCUGUGCGACCGACGCCCCAUGAGGCUCCCAGCCUGCCUUGCAACACACCCAGCCGCACAUGGCUGUCAAGGGGACGGAUACAACCUUGGGGUCCGUGGCCUGAAAAACAGAUGUUGACGUUGAGCAGUCAGGCGCGAGAGAUAGAAGAUUCUAGAAAAUCCAUUCGCUCAUGCAUGCAUUCCUUCAUCUGUUCAACAAAUAUUUGUCCAUCUCUGAACCCAGCGCGCACCUGGGAGCAGAUCCUGCUGAACACGAAGAUGUCGGGGAAUAUGCGCAUGUCCGUGGGAGAGGCUGGGAUCCCCCGAGAAGUGAUUAGUUGUCCCCAACAUUUAGGAGUGCCCAGAUCCACAAAGCAAACAGUUUGCCCCUCUGUGAGAGUGAUCCUGGAGGUGGCAUUGUCCUUACCCCUCAAGUUCUCAGUACCAGACCCUGCCAGAUAGUUGGUGCUCAAGAGAGGCUUGGUGAGUGAGCUGCUCUGACCCUUAGUCACACUGUCCCUAAAACUCCUAUCUUUACAUCAAAACCCUGAUGCGUUUGCCCUUGACAGAGUGACAUUCAGGACUGCGGCAGGGCCCACCACCCAGCUGUACCAUUCACAAUGCUGUCACCAAAUGUUCCUGGGUCCCCAGGAACAGCGUUCCUAUGGACCACAUUGGAACAGCCACCCCCGGGCUGGUGCAGUGAGGUCCCGUGGAUUGCCCUACACCGCUCUUCAAAAUGUGCAGGAGCCGAUGGAAGUUGACAAACAGGCCGGGGGGUGGGGCGGGGGACGUGGAUCACUGGGGCACAUGGUUGCAAGUCGCAGAUGGCGCCGCCACCAUGGGCGUCCAGUGGGACCAAACUGGUGACCUGAGCGAAUGUCUUCUUGGAGCCCCGCCUGGGUUCUCGCGUGUGUUCUUUCUGUUUCUCCCCUUCUGUAUGUUCAAGCUGGUGGGAUGCAGAUGGGCAAGCCGUCAGUCUGGGUCAAGUGCAAUAACGAAGUGGGGUGCCGAAGGGGAAGGGCUCAGUCGCCCCAACAAGGCAGGACCGCCACCGCCCCCGGCUGGUUCGUCCACCCCAGGGUCCGCCAGGCUAGGGCACACAGGUGAGGGUGGGCUAGGGCGGUCCCUCUCUCCCGCGCACCCCGACUUCCCGUGAGCAGGCACAGGGUCUCCCUGAGAGCUGAUAACCGGGAAAACCAAAAACCAACAAUAUUCCUGAUAAUAAUAAUGUAAUAACAAUAAUAAUAAUAAUGUAUUUUACACUGCGCUACGCUGCUUUUGUCUUUAUAUACAGUAGUUUUUAUAAAGAUGUCCUUAGGUUUUAAUAAAGGAGUGUCAUGUC